GAGAAUUCCUCAGGACAGGAUUUCUCUCAGCCAGAGGCUCCAGUUGACCGUCUGGCACUUGAGAAGAACCUCCUGAGGAAGGACAACCUCUCUGGAAAAGUCAUCUCCACCAUUCAGGCAUCCAGGUGCACCUCGACAGAAUGGAUCUACAAUGCAUCUUGGAAAGCCUUUUGUCUGUGGUGCUCUACCCGACACAUCGAUCCAACAUCAGCAACGGUGCCGGAUGUUCUCGAGUUUUUGCAGGCGGGCCUGGAUAAAGGACUGGCACCCACUACUCUCGGUCACCAGGUUGCAGCUUUGGCCACAGUUCUUGCCAGUGAAUCUCACCAGUCUCUUUCUCAUCAUCCGCGGAUUCGUUCCUUUCUCCAAGGGGCUACCAACCUUCGACCACCUGUUGUGCAUCACUAUCCAACGUGGGAUCUGCCCUUGGUUCUCCAGGCAUUGACAGUUUCCCCAUUUGAGUCACUAGGUUCCAACAGUCUCUGCUUCUUGUCCUUAAAGAUUGCCUUUCUCCUUGCAGUGACAUCCACAAGAAGAUUUCCGAACUAGUUGCUCUCUCCAUUAGGAAAGAUCUCUGCAUUUUUCACUCCAACCGUGUGGUCCUUCGCCUGGAUCCAGCCUUUGUUCCCAAAGUUAAUUCCCACUUUCAUUGGGCUCAAGAGCUCGUUCUCCCGAACUUCUGUCUUGACCCUCGCCACCCACUGGAAAAAUGAUGGCAUAUUUUAGAUGUCCGCAGGGCCCUCAGACGAUAUAUUAGGCGGACACCUUCGUUUAGACAGACGGAGGCUUUGUUCGUCUCUUUUCAUCCUGCUUCUAUGGGGCAAAAAGUUUUUCAGCUACAGUGGGCAGGGCUCAAGGCUUAUAUUUCCAAAGCCUAUGAACUCAAGGGCAGACCCUUGCCAGGUAGAGUCUUAGCCCAUUCUACUCGCAGCGCUGCCACCUCUGCCGCUUGGGCUACCCAGGCAUCUAUAGACAAUAUUUGUAGGGUGGCCACUUGGUCGUCAUUAUCCUCCUUUAUAAGACAUUACAGGUUGGACGCCUGUGCUUCGGCCGAGGUGUCAUUUGGUAGAAGGGUUUUGCAAUCUGUAAUCACCACCCACGGCCAGGGGAUUGAUCAGGCCCCCGCCCAGGGUUCUUAGGCUUGGGUAUUUCCCAUGCGUGAAUUGUCGGAGCAGCGAUUCAGGAAAACGGACAUUGGCUUACCUGAACGUCCUUUUUCUGAUCGCUGUGAUGACAAUCCAACCCGCCCGUUGGCCUUCCCAUAUCCUGGCUGGGGUUGGGGUUUUUCUUUCUGAUUUUUCCUCUGCAGGUUUCCUGUGGGCUGUGCCUUCAUACACGGGCCUACCGGGAGAGGUGUUCCUUGGUUGUACCUUUCUGCUUACCUACUGACUACACCUUCGUGAAAAGACUGAAGGAAGGAGCCAGGGGAUGUGGUCAAAGCAACGGAGGAAAAAUCUUUGCACUCAGUCUCUAACAAGUAGUAGUGAAAUACAUGCUUGGAUUGUCGUCGCAGUGAUCAGAAAAAGGACGUUCAGCUGCUGAAUAAUUUGCAGGAGUUAUCCAAGAAAACAACUAUCCACUUCUCCUUCAUUGUGCAAUUGUUUUUGUGACUCUCAAAAAUCAAGACUGGUUUAAGAAGCAAGCCACAAGAUGAUGCAGCGGUGCACACAUUCCAAGCACUUUUGGCACUGAGAGCAAUUUGAGGGUAUCUCACCAGAAGGUCAACGUGAUGACGGCCUGGUCUAUGGUGGAAAGGCUGAAAAUGGAGAAGAGGCAUUCCCAAAAUGAGAGGACUGUUGAGCAAGUCAGUGGGGAUUGCAGCACCGAAUCUGAAGAAUGGACAAGCUCCGAGAGUGAAAAUGAGCAGCCUUGCAUCAAGAACAGCUCCAGCAACACCCUACCUAGGGAGAAGGACAUUCCCCUCCACAAGCCUCACCGGCAGCUUUGCCGCUCUCCUUGCUUGGAUCAGCCCAGCUUCUCCCAGAGCAGCCUUCUUCAGGAUUUAAAACUGGAAGAUGGUAAAGUGAACUCGGACAAAGAAUAUCAAGCGAAAAUUGAUUUCGCUUUAAAACUGGGCUACGCAGGGGAUCAGAUUCAAGCCGUGUUGAACAAGUUGGGGGCGGAUGCUCUCAUCAAUGAUAUUUUGGCUGAACUUGUGAGGCUUGGCAACAAGGCUGAGAAUGAAGGGCCGGCUAGCCUUGGAAGUAGCACUGCUCCCACGGGUGGAACAGCUGCCAAGGAGGUAACCAGCCCCGAGCUGUCCCUGGAGGAGGAUGUUGUGGACAGUUCUGACAACUUGAGGCCGAUCGUAAUUGAUGGAAGUAAUGUAGCAAUGAGCCAUGGAAAUAAAGAAGGAUUUUCCUGUCGAGGGAUUCAGUUAGCUGUUGAUUGGUUUCUGGAAAAAGGUCACAAAGAUAUAACAGUAUUUGUGCCAACCUGGAGGAAAGAACAGAGUCGACCAGACGCGCCAAUUACAGACCAAGAAAUCUUGCAUAGAUUGGAGAAGGAAAAAAUUCUUGUUUUCACCCCAUCACGGAGAGUGCAAGGGAGACGAGUCGUCUGCUACGAUGACCGCUUUAUAGUGAAGUUGGCCUAUGACUCUGAUGGCAUCAUUGUGUCCAAUGACAAUUACCGGGACCUUCAGAAUGAGAAACCAGAAUGGAAGAAAUUCAUAGAGGAACGGCUGCUUAUGUAUUCCUUUGUAAAUGACAAGUUUAUGCCACCUGAUGAUCCAUUGGGACGCCAUGGCCCUAGUCUUGAAAACUUCUUAAGGAAAAAGCCAGUGAUACCAGAACACAAAAAGCAACCGUGCCCUUAUGGGAAAAAAUGCACGUAUGGGCACAAAUGUAAAUAUUACCACCCUGAACGGACAAACCAGCCCUUGAGAUCUGUUGCAGAUGAGCUUCGCAUCAGUGCAAAAUUAUCUGCGGUGAAAACCAUGAGUGAAGGUGCCUUGGCCAAAUGUGGUUCAGGGCCAGCCCUUUGCAAAGGAGGGGAGAACAUUUCAGAAGUGAAGCGCAAUCCUCCGAAACGCCAGUCUGAUCCAAGCAUCCGGUCUGUGGUGGUGGAACCGGAGGACCGGCUGUCGAUAAUGCGGAAGCCUGAGGCAAGCUCUGUCCCAUCUCUUGUUACGGCAUUAAGUGUCCCAACGCUUCCACCUCCUAAAAGCCAUGCAGUUGGGGCCUUAAACGCUCGGUCAGCGAGUAGCCCUGUGCCUGGGUCUUCUUCUCAGUUCACCCAUCAGAAAUCCUCCCUAGAACACAUGGCCAGCAUGCACUACCCUCCAAUCCUGGUCACCAACAGUCACGGGGCUUCGAUCAACUACACGGACCCAUACCCCAAAUAUGAAUCUUUGGGAGACCAUGGCUAUUAUUCUAUGCUCAAUGACUUUUCCAGUUUGAACAUUAGCAACAUCCAUAACACAGAUUAUUAUGGAGUCGAUCUAGACCAAGGUAUCUACUCAAGAAAUUCAAGCCCAUGUCCUGACAGUUGCUUAAGCCAUGCAAGUAAUGACUCUUACUCUUCGUAUACCGACCUGUACCUGGGUGUAGGAGAUGUGGGUUCAGAGGAUCACACUAAAGUUCCUCGAAUUCCACCGCAAAACCGACUUCAGCCUUUUUCUCAUGGCUAUCACGAGAGCUUAACUAGAGUUCAGAGUUAUGGCACUGAAAGGCCCAAACAUACUCCACGCAAGCAUUCAGCUUCUCAUUUAGCAUUACACGUCCAACACCCUUUUGUUGGGGCACGAUCCAGUUGCCCAGGGGACUACCCAGGGCCUCCAAAUGUUCACCAAUCAUCAGCUACGGCCCAACCGAGCCGUGCACUGGUUAUGACAAGGAUGGAUAGUGUUUCUGAUUCGAGACUUUAUGAAAGUAACCCUACUCGGCAGAGGAGACCCCCCCUUUGUCGAGAGCAACACGCCAGCUGGGAUCCAUUACCAUGUGCAACUGAUGCCUACUCUUAUCAUUCCUAUCCCUUGAGCAACAGCCUCAUGCAGCCAUGUUAUGAGCCCGUCAUGGUGAGGAGCAUGCCUGAGAAGAUGGAGCAACUCUGGCGUAACCCUUGGAUUGGGGUUUGUGGGGAGCCCCACGAACCACGCGUUAUCCCAGAGCAUCAGUACCAGACCUAUAAGAAUCUCUGUAAUAUUUUUCCUGCUGGCGUCGUCUUGUCUGUGAUGGAGAAGAAUCCACACAUGACUGAUGCACAACAGUUGGCAGCUAUGAUUGUUGCCAAAUUGAGAACAGGGCGUUAGCAUAGUAUCCCUUUGAAUUCCUGGAGAAAAAUACUGACUGCACCAAACCAACGUCCUGCAGGAGAUACCCAUGAUCCUAUAGAGAUAUUCUCUGUUAUGGGAAUAGUUUCCCGCUCUAGUAUACCAAUCUGUAGAUUGUUUUGGCAAUUGCAUUGAAUAUGUGGUUGAAGAAUUCUGUAAAAAGCAGAUUGUAUUAUAAGUAAGCAUUAAGUAAUUUUUUUAAAGCUGGGAUUUUUUUUAAAAAAAAUGUGUAUUUUACAUGAAGUGCAUACUUUUUGCAUGGAUAUAUACUGUUUCUUGAAUCCAAAAGGUCCUAUGUUUGAAAUAAGUCCCUCAAACUUAUUAGCAAUUAUAUUGCAUGAGUGAGUUUUGUAGUUUGCAGUGUUAACUGACAAGCUGCUCCAAGGAAAAUGCGCUGUGUGCAUUUGAACAUCCUCACACACUGAAGGUUGCCUGUUCUGGUCCAUCUCAUUCAAAGAACUUCUCCGAGGCCCCAUCAGCUGCUGUGUCUGAACAACUCUCGGUUCUCUGGCAAAUUCAGUUUGUGCCCACUGGAGAAAUCUUUGCUCUCCAAGUGAGGAAAAUAGAAAGACAGAUUUUUUUUGGGGGGGGGGACUUGUUGCAUGG